AUGCUCCGAAGUUUGGGGCCUCACGGCGACCGACCCGCCUUCUUUUUUUGGCAGACCCAGUCCAUUUUUCAGCAUUCCUCCGGCUCGUUUACUGCGGUCGGAUGUCCAAAAAAGCUCUGGUUUCACCGAGUUAUCCACUUCUACGUGCACCCACCGAGAAGCUCUUCAUUGAGAUUAGUUUUCCACUUUUUUAUCCCUUCGGUGUCUCAGCGGAUUAUCCGGCUGUUGUUGAUUGCCGCAAAGCGUAUCAGCUCAGCAUUGUAGUCAUAUACGUAAUUAUGUCGCCAUUCUUCUCGCUUCGGUCGGACUCCCGGCGUUUCCUUCCACUCGCGCCGCCCAUACUUCCUUUGCUGAGUUUGAGCAGAUUCAGAAGCGGUCGAUGGCGACGUCUCCGGUGCCGGUCGUGCAGGUCUCCGAUGAGAAGGAUGAGGUCGAGCAGGAAGUCGAGUCCGAUGAGACUGAGUCCAAGGAUGUCCGCUCAGAGUUCAAGUCGGUUUUUUCUUUUAUAUUCAUGAAACGAUAAAUCAUUUGGUUAGUUGAAGACAUUUAUAAGUUGAAGAAAAGAAGAUAUUACUUUCAUCAAAGUGCGAAAACGUCUUCAAACACGUUUAGUUUAAGAGAAGAAGUCACCAAUUUAAGAUAUGUUUUUCAAAAUUUUCCACUCAUCCUUUCGAAAAAAUUCAAAUUUUAAACCUUCCAAACAGUCCGUUUAACGCAAAUGUAAUAGAAAAACCGAACAAAUCUUCUUAUCAGAUUAUAACUGACGAUUUACAGAAACUGCAUCGACGAAACUCUCUCAACGGUGUGUCGCGUGGCGUCUCUGAAAAAGAAGCAUCUGGAAAACAAGCAGGGCAGCCAGGACUCCCAGCAAGACGAAAGUAACAAAUAA